UAGCCAUGCGGACAUGUCUCAGCGCGGGUGCAGCACAACGACACGCAGUAACGCUCUGAACGCAACGCAUACGAAUCUCCCUAAAGCUAUCUGAAGCUCCCGCCGACCUAUAAGAAUCUGGUAGUCGCACUACAACCCCUCUUCCAACUCGCAUCGCCGAACGCGGCCUAUGUCUCUCCCGGACGCAGCUGCCCAACCCGCCGCAACCCAGGACAAGUCACAUGAGGAGCCGCUGGAAGACGCCCUCGAGGGACACGAGAGGGGCGUGAAGGCAUCCGCCGGAGCUGGAGUAAAGGAAGCGGGGCAGCCUGCAGAGCACCAGGGGGAGAAGUUGGUAGACGAUGCUGGAAAGACGGAGGAGGAGAAUCCGGCAAAGAAUGCGGAGGAUGAAGUGCAGCUUGCAGAGAACGCCACCGCUAGCCCCAGGACCGAAGAGCCAACGUCUGCGGAGCUCAUCGAGCAGCUCACGGCCAAAACACAAGAAAUUGCACUCGAGUCGACAUCAUCGCGGACGCCUACGCCCCCACCGAUAGAGACAGCAGCUGGCAAAGCCCCCGUUUGCUCGCCGCCACCGCCGCCUCCACCACCCAAAGACGACAAGUACUUAGCCACAAGCAAUGGCCCCAGUCGAUCGACGUCACCCUUGUCGCAGCAAGAGAAAAGUGGGCGGAGCUCAGAAGACGCUGCGGCCGCAGACUACACAUCGAAGCUGGAUGGCAGUGAGGACGUUGCCAACGACGACCAGUCCGAGAUUCAGAGUAUCAUGGAGCAGUUCGAGCAGGGUGGACCAAACGCAGAGGAGAUCAUGUCGCCCCGUAUGGAGCGCGCGAAUCCGCUGCUCGAGUCGCCCGCCUUCCCUCCCCGCCACUCGAGUCUCGUGCCCGUCGAUAAGCCGCUGCCUACACCAACCGCCGACGAUGCAGCUUCGAUACACUCUCUCCAGUCUCCUCCGCCGAGGACAUCAUCGUUGUACCGAGUCGGCACGAACACCUCCUUCGUCGAACCCACCUCACCCAGCGCACAUGCUCCCCAGUACAAGCCCGCACAGCCACUCCCUGAGCCCGAACAAGAUCUGCCUUUCGACUUCCAUCGUUUUCUCGAGCAGCUGCGCCACAGAACCGCUGACCCCGUCGCCAAGUUCCUGCGAUCGUUCCUGCUCGAGUUCGGCAAGAAGCAAUGGAUGGUGCACGAGCAAGUAAAGAUCAUCGGCGACUUCCUCGAAUUCAUCAGCAAGAAGAUGGCACAGUGCGAAGUCUGGCGGACUGUAUCUGAUGCAGAGUUCGACAACGCCCGGGAAGGCAUGGAGAAGCUGGUCAUGAACAGACUUUACAACCACACAUUCUCACCUGCCAUCCCACCACCAGAGCCAGCGUCACCACGCAAAGGGCGGCGGCGCCAAGAUCCCCUUGGACCUGGACGACGAGGUCAGCACCAAGAGGAUGUCGAGCGUGAUGAGGUUCUUGCCCAGAAAGUUCGCAUCUACAAAUGGGUGCGCGAGGAGCAUCUGGACAUCAAAGAUGUCGGCGACAAGGGGCGCAAGUUCCUCUCCCUUGCACAGCAGGAGCUUUUGAAAAUUAAGUCGUAUCGCGCGCCCCGCGACAAGAUCAUUUGCAUUCUCAAUUGCUGCAAGGUCAUCUUUGGAUUUCUGCGCACCUCAAAGUCUGAUCAGUCCGCCGACGCCUUUGUCCCUUUGCUCAUCUACACUGUCUUGCAAGCGAAUCCAGACCACCUCGUCAGCAAUGUGCAGUACAUCCUUCGAUUCCGAAACCAAGACAAACUCGGCGGCGAAGCAGGAUACUACAUCUCAUCGCUCAUGGGUGCCGUGCAGUUUAUCGAAGGUUUAGACAAAACCUCCCUCACAGUGACGGACGAAGAGUUCGACAAGAACGUCGAGGCUGCCGUCAGUGCCAUCGCCGAAAAACACGCUCCGUCUCCUACCGCAGAGAUACAUCCCGAAUCUGCAGCAGGGCCUGCACACCUGCACCCCUCAACCCUGGGCCACAGGCGCAUGCCAUCUCCACACUACCACCACAUCCCCGAGAAGUCCUCGCCCUCGCGACCAGAAGUGAUAACGCGAAACUCAAUGGAAGCACAGACUGCCGGCCCGCGACGCUCGACCUCUCUCAAGCACCGCUCACACAAAGAAGCCGACGAGCCGCCCGAGGAAGAAAACGCCGCGGUGGCAGGUCUCCUACGCACGAUCCAACGCCCACUGAGCACCAUCGGCCGCAUCUUCGGUGACACAGACACCCACGCCUCAUCAUCACAGCAGCUGCCUCGCAGCAACUCGACACCUCUGAGUCCAAACGUACAUCACCAACAACAGCCCGGGCACGAGCGGUUCCCUGGCGCUACCGCACCGACUCAACCCAGCGAGAAACCUUCGCUACCAGCUCGACUACCGUCUGAAGAGCGCCGGCAUAUGGAGAGGCUGAGCGCUGAAGACGCUGCGGCGCGACAAGCAAGCGCGGAGGUCGAGCAGGCGAGACGCAUUCAGAUCCAAGAGCACGAGGUCGUGGUCGAGACACUGACGGGUAUGUUCCCACAGCUGGACCGGGAUGUCAUCGAGGACGUGGUGCGGGAGAAAGAGGGUCGGGUCGGACUGGCUGUCGACGCGUGCUUGGUACUUGCGAACCCAUAAGCUAGAGGAUCACAAAGAUCGAGACAGAUGAGCAUAGCAUUUUCGAGCGACUAAGCCUAUAACAAAUCACCACACCAACGCUUCACUGCCUCAUAGUCCACUAGGAGACAUUUUGUGGAGACGUCGUCAGCAUGUCUUUCACAGCCCCGU